AUGGAUUUGAAAGACGUGGAAAAUCCAAAUACCUGGAAAGGUAUUAUACCUAAUUUUAAUGUGUCACCAUUGGAAGAUGUCGAAUCUGAUGUUGUUAGUGUUAAAUGUAUAAAUUCAUCCGAAUUCGUAGUCGGUAGACAGACGAAUUUCAACGGUCCUGUGACCAUAAUUAAUUACGAACACGCGACUCCAUCGAAUUCUUCAAUAACGAUAAAUAAUAGUAAUGAUGAUGGUGAUGGUGACAAUGUCGGUAAGAAUAAUAAAGAAGGUGAAAAAAUUAUUAUUAGAGAUAAAGUUUUAUCAGAAUCUGCGGCGAAAAAAAUGAAGGAAAUGGCUUUUGAAAAUUCAUUGAAAAAUUGUUCGGCAAGGUUUGGAGUCGAUGCACAGAAUGAAAAAAAUCCACACGAUAUUAAAAAUUAUUUAAAAAAAUGUAUUAAUUUAUCAAAUGGGAUUUACAUAAGUUUAGCAUUGCUUUUAAUCGGAGCCGCCAUUACUCUUAUUUUAAUUUAUGUCAAACCUUUCGUCGAAGAGAAACAAGUGACGAAAUGUUAUCCAUCGUCGAAAUCGACGACCGAUAUUUGCAUUUACGACAAAUACGAGUGGGGCGGAAGGAAAAAUUACUCGGCGAAAAAUAACGUGACGAAACUUCCGGUUUCUUACGUCGUCGUAUCGCAAACAAAUGGAGAUUCUUGUUUCGAUUAUGAUUUUUGCAUGAGAACGAUUAAAGGAAUUCAAACGAAUUCGACGGGUAUCCUUGAUGAUUUUAUCACGUGUAAUUUUUUCAUCGGGGGAGACGGAAACGUUUACGAAGAUAGUGGAUGGAACAUGACGAAUUCUCUUCCGUUUCCGGCCAACGAGAAAAGUUUAUAUUUGUGCCUUUUGGGUAAUCCCCAACAUUAUCCUACGUAUCCUCAAAUUGAAGGAACUAAACAUUUUAUCAAAUACGGUUUAGAUAAUAAUUAUCUGUCGAAUAAUUACGUCGUGACGACGGCUAACGCCACGUCUUCCGACACAAAAGUAUCACCGGAAAUAUAUAACAUUGUUAAAAAAUGGCCGAAAUUUAAAAUAAAUCCGUUUGCGACGGAGGGGGAUGAAGUACACGAAGAAGAUCACGUCAUGUACACAAAAGAAGAUUGGGGUGGUAAACCGCCGACUUCCGUCAUCGAAAUGAAAAUACCGAUACCGUAUGUCGUCAUUUCCCAUUCGGUAACCGUUCAAUGCUACGAUUUCAAACCUUGUUCGAUCCUGAUAAAACAAAUGCAGGAUUAUCAUCAAUCUCUCAAUUUUGCCGACAUUGCGUAUAAUUUUCUAAUUGAUUCAAGCGGAAACAUUUACGAAGGAAGAGGAUGGACGAGACGAAACGUAGCCGGAGGGUUCAUCAACGGACGAAACAUCGAUAUUAAUUUAAUAGGUGAUUUUUCGAAAACAUCGACGCCCACGACGAUGCAAACGAACGGAAUUAAAUAUUUAAUACGAUACGGAUUGGAAAAUGGUAUUAUAUCAAAAUCGUAUUCUUUACUCGCUGCCAAUUCAACUUUCGAUACUUUGAGCCCGGGUAAAAAUGCAUACGAAAUAAUAUCAAAAUGGCCUCAUUUCGAUCCGGAACCACAGAAUCACGUUAAAGAAUAUGACGAAUCUUGA